ACUAAGGAAAACUACGUUUUCUUUCACGAUUUUUUUUCAUAAGAUGCAUUCAGUUCUAUUAAAGCAAUACAGCAGUGUACAACACGUGGAGUAUUUAUUAUAUUUGGAUCAGUUUAUUAAUUUAUAACAUAUUUUAAUUAUAAAGUUACUUAAAAAUCUGUAGUUUGAAUUGGCAUAAAAUGAAAUCAAAAGCAAUUCUAAAUAUCAUAGCAGUUUGUGUGUUCGUUUUUAUGGUACCCACUAACGCUCAGUUUUGGAAAUUAAGUAACCUUAGUGAGCGUGACAUGUUUAUAUUGGAAACAAAAGCCACAAUGGCUUCGGGAAUUUGUUACAAACAGACACCGCGUGAAUCGAUGGAUCCAGCAUUGCGCAUACAUACAACGUCCUACUGUUGUCCAGGUUACGAACAAAAUCUGAAGUCAAGUCUUAUGCAAUGUAAUCCUAUCUGUAAUGAGGAUUGUCUCAAUGGUAUUUGUACUGCACCCGAUGUCUGUGAGUGUUAUCCCGGUUACAUACGAAUGGGAGGCCGUUGCGAAGAACUGUGAUUUAGAAUGAUGAGAGUGUAGGAAAAGUGUUAUCAAAUUAACUAUUUCUGCGUGGAAUGUAAAAUAAGUAUUAAGAUAAGAUUUGAUUUGUUAAGAUAAUAAAUUUUUACAUACAAUUUUCAAAAAAUUAUGUUAAUGCAAAUGUAUGACAUCUUAGGCGAAACCAAAACUUUCAAAGUUCAACAGAUUUGUCCAGUGCUUGUUAAAUUCUCGAGGAAUUUGUUGUUUUAGAUAU